AUGAGACCGUGGAACGCAAUUCACGUCCCAGUGUGCAAAAUAUGCCCUUGGGAUAUUCACAAUCGAGAAGAAUGCACGGAGCAUUACGAGGAAAACGAGAAAGAAAGAGCUCGUCUGGAACAUAUCGAAGAGAUCGAAGAGAUUCGAUAUGUUAUAACAUUCGAAGAUUGGAGGAACGCCCUAUGGGGAGGACCUUUGGCAGUUCCUAAGGAGGAGAGCAAGACGAAGAAGAAGUUUGGCAAGAUCUGGGGAAAGAUCAAGACGAAAUGCAGGAAAAUCAUAAAUAAACUUUUCCAUGUCUUUCGUUAUCUUCUUGUGACCGUAGAGACUCGUCUGUUACUAUGUUGA